AUCCCCACCGCCACCAGCUACAAAUUCAGACAGCCUAGACUAGGUAGAAGCCAUUUCAUCUACAUUACUUGGCAUUCUUCUCGAUCUCACAGAUCGACCCAUGGGCGAUCACCCCAAUUUCCGUUGUACUCCAUUCGAUGGGGGUGUGGAGAACACCGAAUUUGAGUUCAGUAGCUUGUACUUGCACCACAUUUAUUCUGGACCAUGUCAAACCCAAUCAAACAUCAUAGGUGCAGAUGCUACCACUGGGUGGGGCUCGACUGAAGUUAACAACUGGACAAUAUAUGAUGGGGUUGGGCCCUGCGCAAAGCUAGUGGCCCGUGCACAAGGGCUACAUCUCUAUGCUGGUAGUUGGCACAAUACCUUCACCCUUCGGUUUGAGAUUGAAAGGUUUAAGAAAAGCACUCUUCAGGUAAUGGGAGCAUCUGUUGAUGAAGAAGGUGAGUGGUCUAUUGUGGGCGGGACAGGUGAACUCGCGAUGGCACGUGGUGUUAUAACCAAAAAACUGCAUGCACGAACAGAUGGUGGAAACAUAAUCCAACUUACCAUUCAUGGCUUCUGCCGAAAGCUGAUGCCCACUCUCACAAAGCUUGGCCCAUGGGGUGGGGAUAGGGGGUUUGCUGUUGAUUCAGAAAGACCCUUGAAGAUAGAGAGUAUCACCAUUCUGCAUGAAGGAAUAAUUGGUUCGAUUGAAUACUCUUACAUUGACCAAAACGGUAACAAUCGCACCGCAGGUCCUUGGGGUAGUAGGAACCCCAAUCGCGCAGAGAUUGGGCUAGGCCAUGGGGAGAUGGUGACAGAAGUGUCUGGAACAUUUGGCACACAUUCAAAUGGUGAGGCUAUCAGCACACUCAAAAUUGUCACCAACAAGAAAACAUACGGACCUUAUGGACGUAUACCAGGUCCUAAACCUUUCAGAGCCGUCGCGCCACAUGGAAAAUCAAUUGUUGGCUUCUUCGGGCGUACAGAUAACAUAUUCCUCAAUGCACUUGGUGUUUACAUCGCCUAGACGGUCCAAUGCUGGUUUCCUUUGAGCCAUAUUACAUGGUUUAAUUUCAGUGUUCAUUCAAUAAAAUAAGACAGUUAGGGAUCUUUGGUUAUCUUACCUUCCUUGUAUGCAUUUGCGGGUGCUUUGUGGUCGCCAUUUAUGUUUUCUUGUGGGUUGUUAUGUUGUUUGAAUGAGAAAGUUUCAUGGGAAAUCACUUAUAUGAAAAUUUAUCCAGCUGGGCUCAUACCCCUUUCCAUUAA